UUUGCCUCCACCGGAUCCCCCAGAAGGCGUGCAAACUGCUCUCCAACGAACGCACGAACUUCUCACGGGAUUUCUCGUGCUCCUUCCCUUCUUUAUUUAUCUUAAUUCCUCUUUGUACAUGCUGGCGGAGUGACGCUCCUAUGGGUUCUUCACGACUUGGUCAAUAUUGAGCGUCUGCCAAAUCUCCUGUCGCUUUCCGCCCGCGCCACCCUCCUCCAUCCUCCCUCGACAAUGGCCAGCAUUAUUCGACGGCCUGGCAAUCUUGCUCGAUAUUCGGGGACAGCGGCGGGGCGCUCUAUAUAUACACGAUGUUUAUUCUCUCCAUCGCGGCAAUCAUACCUUUCCCCCGCGAUACUAAACGCCCGCCAAUCCCGUUCGUAUCUAACCCAGUUCCGGCGAUUUCCAAAUCCUGGCAAGGAAAACGGGAACGUUCCUCCAUCUAUUAAUGAUGGUGGCUCGGGUCAACCUUCGUCCCACGGCGGACCGCCAUCCGGGGGACCGAACGGCAAGGAGCCCGAAAAGCCAAAGUACCGGGCAACUCGGGAAGAGAUCGAAGAGCUUGAUUAUGUGCUAGGAAUGGUGAAGGACAAGCUUCCUGCGUCGCAGAAAAAAAUGGUGGAAGAAAUGGCAGAAGUGUUCAAGGAAGAAGGUGUUCCGGACGAUGUUAAGCAACUUAUCAAGCAAGUUAGGGAAUCCAAGCAAUUUACCCUUGUACACGCAACCCAGAUAUUUCGGAUAUGGACUCGACAUGGACCAGCGGUGGCUGCUAAGAUGGCAGACAGGGAUUUUCAUAAACAACGCUUACACUCGUUCGAGAAACAGCCUGGACGGGACGAUGGCAAAUCGAAGGACGAAAGCAGAGGGUCUCGUCAAGAACAAAAGCAGGAUCAGAAACAGCGGAGUCAGAAAGAUGGUCCCAAGGGGCCGAGCUUCAACUCUAACACCCCGUUUGAUUUCAAAUUCAAGUUCGACCCUGCUACCUUUCUAGUGGCUACAUUCCUCUCAUACUACUUGUAUCGGAGCAUUAUUCCAGGAGAGGUUAAUAAGGAUAUUACAUGGCAGGAGUUCAGAAAUACGUUUUUGGAUAAGGGCCUCGUGUCCAAAUUGACGGUACUCAAUGGCAAGAAGGUGCGAGUCGAGCUUCACCGUGAGGCUGUUGCAAACGUGUAUCCCGAAUCGCCUGCGACACAACCAAACUUCUUCUAUGUCUUCGCAAUUGGAUCAGUUGAAGGCUUCGAAAGGAAAAUCGACCAAGCCCAGCUGGAACUCGAUAUACCAACAUCUGAACGUAUCCCAGUCGAUUAUCAAGAUGAAGUUUCCUGGGGAGCUACCUUCCUCAGUCUUGCCCCAACCCUCGUCCUAAUAGGCACUGGCAUCUGGCUCUCGAGACGUGCUACCGGUGGAGGUGGCCAGAGUGGCAUAUUCGGCAUGGGCAAAAGCAGGGCGAAGAGAUUUAACCACGAGACGGAUAUCAAAACAAAAUUUGCUGAUGUGGCCGGCAUGGACGAGGCCAAAGUUGAAAUUAUGGAAUUUGUUAGCUUCCUGAAGAAGCCCGAGCAAUUCCAACGACUUGGUGCCAAGAUACCUCGAGGCGCUAUCCUUUCAGGUCCACCAGGUACUGGUAAAACAUUACUGGCAAAGGCUACUGCUGGCGAGUCAGGUGUUCCGUUCUACAGCGUGAGCGGUUCUGAAUUUGUCGAAAUGUUUGUCGGUGUUGGGCCCUCCCGAGUCCGUGAUCUAUUCGCAACUGCCCGGAAAAACACACCUUGUAUUAUAUUCAUUGAUGAGAUUGAUGCUAUUGGGAAAUCAAGAUCGAAAAACGCUUAUGGUGGUGGAAACGAUGAGCGGGAAAGCACACUGAAUCAGAUUCUCACCGAGAUGGAUGGCUUCAACACUUCCGAACAAGUCGUCGUUCUUGCUGGAACGAAUCGAGUCGAUAUCCUUGAUAAGGCACUGUUGCGGCCUGGCCGAUUUGACAGGCACAUCACCAUUGAUAGACCGACAAUGGAUGGCCGUAAACAGAUUUUCCGGGUUCACUUGAAGAAGAUUGUCACUAAAGUCGAUUUGGAUUACCUGACUGGUAGACUGGCUGCCUUGACACCUGGUUUCUCUGGAGCAGACAUUGCCAAUUGUGUCAACGAGGCUGCCCUAGUUGCUGCCCGCUACCGUGCUGACGAGGUAACUAUGACGCAUUUCGAGCAAGCGAUCGAGCGUGUCAUUGGCGGCCUAGAGAAGAAAUCGUUGGUUCUUUCUCCGGAAGAAAAGAGAACGGUGGCGUAUCACGAGGCUGGCCAUGCUAUCUGUGGCUGGUACUUCAAGUAUGCUGAUCCGUUACUGAAAGUGUCCAUCAUUCCUCGUGGGCAAGGUGCCCUUGGCUAUGCCCAGUACCUACCGGCCCAGGGCGAUACCUACUUGAUGAAUUUCAACCAGCUCAUGGAUCGAAUGGCGAUGACCCUUGGUGGUCGUGUUAGCGAAGAACUCCAUUUCGACACCGUGACGAGCGGUGCAAGUGACGACUUCAACAAAGUCACCCGCAUGGCUAGCGCGAUGGUCACAAAAUUCGGGAUGUCUCCAAAAAUUGGCUAUCUGUAUUAUGACGAAGAACAGCAACAAUUCCAAAAGCCCUUCUCGGAAGACACUGCGCGGGACAUAGACAUGGAAGUUCGACGGAUCGUCAAUGAAGCUUAUGAAAAGUGCCGUAAACUCCUAAUGGAGAAGAAGGCUGAAAUCGGCAUCGUUGCUGAGGAGCUUCUCAGCAAAGAGGUUCUUAGCCGUGAUGACUUGAUCCGUCUGCUUGGUCCGCGACCAUUCCCUGAAUCUGGCGAGUUUGCAAAGUACUUCGAUGGAGGGCAUGGUAAAGGGACAAUAGCGCCUCCGCCUCCAGCGACAGAUGCUCUCGCGGAAAAAUCAGACACAAGUCAAUUAGAUGAUAAGGAAGGCCCUGCGUCGUCAAGUCCAGCAUAAAGGAAAAUGGUGGUGUUCUAUUUCAAUAUUUCACUCAUCUGUUUAGAAACUGAAGUAUAUAAGUUCACAUAUCUCUUUUCUUUUCUCCACCUGGUGCAUUCUUGACAUGUCCUUUUCCUAUGUUAAUCUGUUCCCUUUCCCUUUCAUUCUCCUUUGGUCUGUACUUUAUUUAUUAUAUUUCAGAUGGAUCAAGUGUCUAGGUGUUCACGCGUUGCACUCUUAUAUGUUUUUCUAUUCUAUCAUUGGCAUACCCUCUACUUCCCUGCCUGACUGCAACCCGACAGCCCAGACAUCGUCUCCGCUUUGAAAUCUCCACACCCUGAUUUAUAAUUUUGUAACUUUAUUUCUUCUCUUGUAUACCAAAGCUCCACCUUUAUCCGCUCAUUUGCUUAUAAACAGGGCAUGAAUGAGGUAUGUCAAAUGUUGAAAAAGAAAACGAGGAAAGCUGAAGAUCAAAAUAGAAAGAAUAAAAAAUUAUCAAUAAUUGAAUCAAAAAAAAUAUUAUACACUAUGAUUUCGAGUAGUAGGUUCUCAAGACAUUUU